AGAGAUGAUCGAGCAAUGUCGACGACUUUAACGUUGACUCUAACCUCUCUCUUACUCCUUCUCUCAACGUCGUCAGUCUCCGCCAAGUGCACCACCACGACAUCAACAAAAACAUUCGAGAAAUGCAUCUCUCUUCCGACACAACAAGCCUCAAUCGCAUGGACAUACCAUCCACACAACGCAACUCUCGACCUCUGUUUCUUCGGAACAUUCAUCUCACCUUCCGGGUGGGUCGGGUGGGGGAUCAACCCGGAUACACCUUCCCAGAUGACCGGCUCUCGAGUCCUCAUCGCGUUUCCGGAUCCCAACUCGGGUCAGCUCAUCCUCCUCCCUUACGUUCUUGACUCAUCUGUGAAGCUCCAGAAAGGUCCUCUUCUUUCUCGUCCUCUUGACCUCAUCCGCCUCUCGUCGUCCUCUGCUUCUUUAUAUGGUGGGAACAUGGCUACUAUACGUAACGGCGCCUCUGUCCAGAUUUACGCGUCCGUGAAACUUUCCUCGAAUAACACCAAGAUCCACCAUGUUUGGAAUAGAGGUCUUUAUGUUCAAGGUUACUCUCCAACCAUUCAUCCUACUACUUCCACUGAUCUCUCCUCCUUCUCCACCUUCGAUGUCGCUUCAGGAUUUGCAACGGUUAAAAGGAACAGCGGUUCGAGAGUUUUGAAAGUGACACACGGAGUAAUCAACGCGGUGUCCUGGGGUUUUCUUCUCCCGGCAGGAGCAGUAACAGCUCGUUACCUUCGUCAAAUGCAGUCAAUAGGACCAACUUGGUUCUACAUCCACGCAGGGAUACAGCUAACCGGUUUCCUCCUCGGAACAAUCGGCUUCUCACUCGGAAUGGUGCUUGGUCGGAACUCCCCGGGGGUGACCUAUGGUUUACACCGUAGCCUUGGGAUAGCAACGUUCACUCUAGCUGCGCUGCAAACGCUGGCUUUGUUCUUCAGACCAAAGACUACUAACAAGUUCAGGAGAUAUUGGAAGUCUUACCAUCAUUUUGUCGGGUACGGUUGUGUGGUGAUGGGGGUGGUGAAUGUGUUCCAAGGGUUUGAUGUUUUGAGGGAAGGAGGAUCGUACGCGAAGCUUGGUUACUGUAUGUGUUUGUCGACGCUGGUUGGAGUCUGCGUGGCAAUGGAAGUUAACUCUUGGGUUGUGUUUUGCCGCAAGGCUAAAGAGGAGAAGAUGAAGAGAGAGGGUUUGACUGAUGAUAGAUGCAGUGGGAUUCAUUCAUAGUUAGUUCUUGUGUCAUUUGGCCAAAAAAAAAAGUUAGUUCCCGUGUCCUAAUUAUAAGAAAGAGGGAGAGAGACAUAACACCAUUUAUAUGUAUUUUUGCUUGGUAAUAUACAUUGUUGAGGUGUUUUCAUCACUGUUCAUAGAAGAUCUUGAUUUUGUUGAACUUUCAUAUACUAAGGAGACUUCACCAACCCCCUAGAUUAGCUUAACAACCCCUACAUGUUCAAGAAGCCAUCUAAACACACAACCAGUGGUCUUAAUAAGAUAUUCUUCAAAAAGAUUUGGUUUCUCAUUAUUAACCUAACCUGUUAAUCUGGUUUCUCAUAAUGAAAAACUAUAAUGUUUGACUAACUCCUAAGUAACCAUCAUAGCCAUUAUCUUUCAUCAUCCUCCUUACCCUGGAUACAUCUUCCCACAUUUCUUCUGUUGCAUACAGGUUUGACAUCAAUACAUAUAAGCCUCCGUUCCUGUAAUCCAACAUAAACAUUUUCUUCGCUACAUAUUCCCCAAUCUCAAUCUCUCUGUUCAAAAUACAAGCACUAAGCAGAGAACCCCAUACUGCAGAAUCCGGC